AUGCCGUCGCGGGAAGUGCCUCUUGAAAUUCUUGUGCUUGGAUUCUGCCGCACGGGUACUGCAUCAAUGAGAUCGGCCCUCGCCAUGCUGGGAUAUGGAAAUGCACACCACAUCGGACGCGUUAUGAACAAUCCCCGUGAAAUUGACUUAUGGAGUGCGGCCAUUGACGACAAAUAUAUCAGGAAAGAGUGUCUGAAGCUGGAGAAGCUCGAUGAAUUAUUGGGCCAGUCUCGCGUCGUGGCGGAUGUUCCCGGUCUGCUAUUUGCGCAAGAGCUGAUAGAGUCGUACCCAGAUGCGCGGGUUAUCCUCACUCUUCGUGAUCCUGAGCAGUGGUUUACGUCGCUUCAAGCAACCCUCAUCCCGAUGUUGGCCCCAUCGCCGUUCUCGUUUUUCACUCGGAUUGCCUAUAUUUUAGACCCGUGGGGCUUGGGAACCUUCGUUCCCUUUGCACGAAGGACUCUCGAGAUUAUCCUCGGACCACUCCAUUCGAUUGACGCAGUGGCGGCAAAAGAGAAAUUCGUCGCUUACAAUGACACUAUUCGGCGACUCGUACCUCCAGAAAGAUUGCUGGAAUAUCGAGUCGGAGUCGACAAUUGGGCUCCCUUGUGCGAAUUUCUGGGUAAAAGCACCCCUAACGUUGCUUUUCCCCACCGUAAUGACACCAAGUCUAUCAUGGAUGGUUCACGGAAACAAAUCUGGGGCAUAUAUCAGCGAUGGGCUCUGCAACUUGUUGCUCCAACUAUAGCAUUAUUAAUUGCGUUGGGAUUACUCGCUCUAAAGCCUUGA